CUCCGCAGCAAACAGUGGAAUCGCUCUCUCGAGACCAACCCCACCCCCUCCUCCUCCCUUCCUCUGAACCUAAAACAAAACCCAAAACUAUUUCGUCCCUUUCCAAAUCGCCUCCAUCCUCCACCAUGCUCCGGCAACGCAUAGUCUCCGCUCUUCGAACUAGGGGCGGCGCCGCAGCCGGUCCGAGCCGCUGGACCAGUCCUGGCCACGAGGAGCGACCCAAGGGAUACCUUUUCAACCGGCCCCCACCUCCACCGGGUCAGCCCCGUAAAUGGGAGGACUGGGAAUUGCCCUGCUACGUCACCAGCUUCCUUACCAUUGUCAUUCUCGGAGUUGGACUCAAUGCCAAGCCUGAUCUUACCAUCGAGACUUGGGCUCACCAGAAAGCCCUCGAACGCCUCGAGAUGGAGCAGGUGGGUCUCGGCGCUUCUAGCUCGUCUGAAUCAGAUUGAAAUUAGAUCCGGUAUGACGUUUUUGGAUCGCCCUUUUCUGGGUUUGAUGUUAUUUCUUUGGGUUCAGUGGAAUUUCGGGUUUGGGAUUUUUGGGCUGAGAAAAGUGGCUGUUGAUAUUUUUAGUUCAAUAAGGUUUUUGGAAAUGUUUUUAAUUACGAAUCUUGUGAAAGCUUAACUGCUGCAAUGCUUACUUUCUUUCUGUUGAUUAUUGGACCUUUAGACUUGUUUAAGUCGCAAAUAGUUCAUAAAUAUUCCGUUCUGAAUCAAAUUUGUCUCUAUGAUUAUUCA